UGAGUACCCAGAGACAUGUGCAACAACCUUCUGGCGGUCUCUUUGGAGGCUUUGGGACUGCUAUGCCGGCCAAUCGGCCUCAGUCUGGAAACCUCGGACAACAGUGGGUUGGUCUCUUUGGUCAAAAACAGGCGCAACCCCAGUCCUCUGGUGGCCUCUUUGGAGGAGGAGCACUUUUCAACUCUGUUCCGGAGCAGGUGCCAUCCCAACCUUCUGGCCUCUUCGGAGGCCCGACUACCACCCCCCUUGUGCACCAGCCAGAAGACCCGAGCUCUGGUAUCUUACAGUCCAAGCCGGCGCAAUCUGUGACUUCGGGAGCAGAGCCUACCCGGGCGAAAUCCCCUGGUAAGGAGAAUGAGCCCGAGGGUCCUCACCUCAAACACUCGUUUCUCGAUCUCCUCCAAACUGGCAAAUACAGCGAUUACACGAUCAUGACUGAUACACACAAGUGGAAUGUCCACAUGGCAAUUCUCGCCUCCAAAGCUGGCGAUCUGGUUCCCAAGGAUGCAGCGCCAGGUGGAACCGUCAACUACAAACGCUGGGACCGUAUCAUCAUGGACCGUGUCGUCGAAUUCAUCUAUUCCGGUGACUACGAUACUUACGUGGAGCCAAACACUUUUGCGGAGGUCAGCUAUGGCACCACAAUUGACGCACUCAAGAAGAAGAAGAAGCUACCACUAAGAUAUCACCUCUUCUUCUUCGCUGCGGGCAUCGGAUACUCGAUUCCAGGUCUGGCUGAAUUGGCGCUGGAAAAGGUGAAGCAACAUUUCGAGGGUUCAGAGUUUGUCGAAGCCGAAGCGAGAUCUUGCUACAUCUGGAACGUCGACAUGGCUUUUCGUUCAGAGUUUCACCCAUACUGGCCCGACGAGUUCCCAAUGACGAAGCUGGAUACACGGAUGUGCAACUGCUUGAAGGAGGUUGCAAUCGCUCAAGGUGUGUCGGCGUCGUUAUUUCAUGCUUAAGACGGAGCGAUGAGGGUUCCUUCGGGUCCUCAAAAAAAGUGACUACGGGAUUCAGCCUUCGAGUAUCGGUGUGGUUCGAUACCCACGGUCUUCCAUAUCACACUCCGCAUCAUAAGGCUGGAGUCCGUGUCAAGAUGCUAAUUACAUAGACCCGGUAGGUCCGAGGUAGACCAAGAUAGGUCUAAUCACUGAUUAUCCA